UUACAAAUUUACGAAGAAACAUAGUAUAUAGAAAUUUUAAGCAGGUAUGUAUGAAUGAAUGAAUGAAUAUGAUGAUGAUGACGAUGUGUGUAGCAGAGAAAUGUGAAAACAGAGAAAAUUGAGAUUGCUAUAGUAACCUGUGAAGAAAGGGUAUAACACACACAAUUCCAAAUCCAAAUAACGAAGAAGAAGAAGAAGAAGAUCCCAACAACUGCAUCGUAGGAAUCUUCUCGGAUGAUUUCCAAUUCCACACUCCUCCAAUCAAUGUAACUGAACCAGCUUCGAUUUAUGCCCCAAACCCAUCACUUUCUCUGGCUUUUGUUCAUCUCUGCAUUCUUCUAGUAAAUGUCAAGUCAAUCCUUUUGUUAAAAUGGGACAUCUAAACAUGCAAAUGCCAGCUGGUGUCAAUGGAAUAGAGGAUCAAUCUCAGCAAUUUGGUGCUGGAUAUCCUAACAAAACUACGAUAGCAUGCAUGAUCAAUGCAGAAAUUGGUUCUGUUUUGGCAGUUAUGCGAAGAAAUGUUAGAUGGGGGGUUCAUUAUAUGUCAGAUGAUGACCAAUCAGAGCACUUCCUCGUUCAGUCUUUGAAGACACUGAGAAGACAGAUUUUCUCAUGGCAGAAUCAAUGGCAUUCCAUCAAUCCUGCCUUGUAUCUCCAACCUUUUCUUGAUGUGAUUCAAUCAGAUGAAACCGGUGCACCAAUUACAGGUGUUGCUCUGUCGUCAGUUUACAAGAUCUUAACUCUGGACGUGAUUGAUCAAAACACUGUCAAUGUUGUCGAUACCAUGGACUUGGUGGUUGAUGCUGUCACAAGUUGCAGAUUUGAGGUGACUGAUCCUGGAUCAGAAGAAGUCGUAUUAAUGAAGAUUUUACAAGUACUUCUAGCAUGUGUCAAAAGCAAAGCAUCUGUAAUACUUAGUAACCAACACAUUUGUACCAUAGUGAAUACCUGCUUCCGUAUAGUUCAUCAAGCAGGAACUAAAGGUGAGCUGUUGCAGCGGAUAGCUCGAUAUACAAUGCAUGAACUUGUUAGGUGUAUAUUCUCCCACCUUCAAGAGAUUGACAUUGCAGAGCCCGCGUUGAUAAAUGGGAGCACCACUUCAAAACAAGAGACCCGUGAGCUAAAUAACGAGCAUGCUUCGGAAAGCAGACAAUUUGAAAAUGGGAGCCUGAACUCUGCAUAUGAUGGCCAACCUUCGUCCACAGGCCUUGCUUCCAGUACUGCAUAUGUUGGUACAGUAACUGUAAUGCCUGAAAACACAACUACUGCUAGCAGUGAUAAGGAGAACGAUAUAAGAGAGUUGCAGCUCAUGACUGAACCAUAUGGAGUUCCUUGUAUGGUGGAGAUAUUCCACUUCUUGUGUUCUUUGUUGAAUGUUGUUGAGCAUAUGGGGAUGAAUCCUAGAUCAAACACACUAACAUUUGAUGAAGAUGUGCCUCUUUUUGCCUUAACUUUGAUUAAUUCAGCCAUUGAGUUGGGAGGGCCUUCCUUUCGUCAUCACCCUAGAUUACUGAGUUUGAUUCAAGAUGAAGUAUUCCAUAUUCUUAUGCAAUUUGGUUUGUCAAUGAGUCCCCUUGUACUUUCUUUGGUGUGUAGCAUUGUUCUCAAUUUGUAUCACCAUCUUCGUACAGAACUCAAGUUACAGCUAGAAGCAUUUUUUUCUUGUGUGAUUUUGAGGCUUGCACAAAGCAAAUAUGGGGCUUCAUAUCAGCAACAGGAGGUUUUGAUGGAGGCACUUGUUGAUUUGUGCAGGCAAAAGACAUUCAUGGUGGAGAUGUAUGUUAACUUUGAUUGUGACAUUUCUUGCAGUAAUGUCUUUGAAGAUAUUGCUAAUUUGUUGUCCAAAAGUGCUUUUCCUGUAAAUAAUCCAUUAUCUUCCAUGCAUAUUCUUGCUUUGGAUGGUCUUAUUGCUGUAAUGCAGGGAAUGGCCGAUAGGAUAGGUAAUGGAUUUGUCAAUUCUGAACAUUCUCCUGUGAAUUUUGAAGAGUACAUACCGUUCUGGCUGGAGCAUUGUGAAAAUUUUGGUGACCCAAAUGAUUGGGUUCCUUUUGUCCGCCGAAGAAAGUACUUCAAGCGAAGAUUGAUGAUUGGAGCUGAUCACUUCAAUCAUGAUGCUAAGAAAGGCCUUGAGUUUCUCCAAGGAGCACAUCUUUUGCCCGACAAACGUGAUCCCCAAAGUGUUGCCUGCUUUUUCAGAUUCACCGCUGGAUUGGAUAAGAAUGUCAUUGGUGAUUUCUUAGGAAAUCAUGAUGAAUUCUGUGUUCAGGUUCUUCGUGAAUUUGCUAGAACGUUUGAUUUCCAAGAUAUGACCUUAGACACAGCCCUGCGCAUAUUUCUGGAGACUUUUAGGCUGCCUGGAGAAUCACAGAAGAUACAUAGGGUGCUUGAAGCUUUCUCUGAGAGAUAUUAUGAACAGUCACCGCAUAUCCUAGCUAAUAAGGAUGCUGCUCUUGUGUUGUCAUACUCAAUUAUAAUGCUUAAUACGGAUCAGCACAAUGUGCAGGUCAAAAAGAAGAUGACAGAAACAGAUUUUAUCCGGAAUAAUAGACACAUAAAUGGCGGCAACGAUCUACCUCGAGAAUUCCUGUCAGAGAUCUACCAUUCAAUUUGUAAGAAUGAAAUCCGCACAACCCCUGAAUCAGGCUUUGGAUCUCCUGGAAUGACCCCAAGUCGGUGGAUUUCUCUAAUACACAAGUCAAAAACAACUGCUCCAUACAUCGUAUCUGAUUCCAGAGCAUACCUAGAUUAUGAUAUGUUUGUUAUAUUGUCAGGCCCAACAAUUGCUGCCGUUUCUGUGGUAUUUGAUAAUGCUGAAAACGAAGAGGUAUACCAAACAUGUAUAGAUGGAUUCUUAGCUAUUGCAAAGAUAUCUGCUUACUAUCAUCUUGAAAAUGUUCUUGAUGAUCUGAUUGUCUGCCUCUGUAAGUUCUUCACCAUUUUGGAUCCAUUAUCAGUUGAGGAAUCUGUCCUAGCCUUUGGUGAUGACACAAAAGCACGAAUGGUAACUGAGACUGUUUUCACUAUUGCAAGUAGGUAUGGUGAUUACAUCCGCACUGGGUGGAGGAAUAUUCUUGAUUGUAUCUUCAGAUUGCACAACUUAGGCCUUCUUCCCACUCAUUUGGCCAGUGAUGCAGUUGAUGAGUCAGAGCCUUCUACAAAAACUGGACGUGGGAAACUUAAUUCAAAUUCUUUCUCAUCAACUCAUCUUCAAUCUAUUAGUACUCCAAAGAGAUCCUCGGGGUUAUUGAGCAGGUUUAGUCAACUGUUAUCUCUUGCCACUGAUGAGCCAAGAGCAAUACCAACCGAAGAACAACUGGCCGCUCAUCAUCAAGCCGUACAAACAAUUCAAAAGUGUCACAUCGACAGCAUAUUCACUGAAAGUAAAUUCUUGCAGGCUGAAUCCCUAUUGCAGUUGGUAAGAUCACUCAUCAAUGCUGGAGCUCAAUCUCAGAAGGGGAGCAAAAAAUCUCAGAAUGAAGACACUUCUGUUUUCUGCCUGGAGUUGCUGGUAGCAAUCACUCUGAAUAACAGGGACAGGAUUGGGCUUAUAUGGAAGGGUGUUUAUGAGCACAUAUCCAAUAUUGUUAAAUCAACCGUGAUGCCAUGUGCACUGGUAGAAAAGGCUGUUUUUGGACUUCUGAGGAUUUGCCAUCGCUUACUUCCUUAUAAAGAGAACAUGGCCGAUGAACUUUUAAAGUCCCUGCAACUUAUCUUGAAGCUUGAUGCACUGGUCGCAGAUGUAUAUUAUGAUCAGAUUACACAGGAAGUCAGUCGCCUUGUUAAGGCGAAUGCAUCUCGUAUUAGAUCUCAUAUAGGAUGGCGGACGAUCACAUCGCUGCUUUCCGUCACUGCUAGACACUUGGAAGCAUCUGAGGUUGGAUUUGAUACGCUGUCGUUCAUUAUGUCUGAUGGAAAUUACUUGCUCCCUGCUAAUUAUAUUCUCUGCAUAGAUGCCGCAAGGCAGUUUGCCGAGUCUCGUGUAGGACUGGUGGAUAGGUCCAUAGGUUCACUAGACCUUAUGGUAGGUUCUUUCAACUGUUUGCAAAAGUGGACUAGUGAUGCAAAGCAAGCAGCAAAAGAAGAGGAAGUGGCCAAGAUGUUGCAAGAUAUUGGGGAAAUGUGGUUGAGGUUAGUACAAGGACUAAGGAAAGUAUGCUUGGACCAAAGAGAGGAGGUUAGAAAUCACGCACUGUUAUCUUUGCAGAAGUGCAUGACAGAAGCUGGCAAGACUCAUCUCCCAGGUGAUUUGUGGUUACAGUGUUUCGAUCAAGUGAUCUUCACCUUGCUGGAUGACCUGCUUGAUAUUUCUCAGGAACGCUCUCAAAAGGAUUACCGGAACAUAGAAGAAACACUUACUCUUGCCUUGAAGCUCUUAUUUAAAGUUUUUCUCCUAUUACUCCAAGAACUAUCACAACUGGAAGAAGCCUUCUGCAAACUAUGGGUGGGUGUGCUAAGUCAUGCGGAAAAAUACAUGAAGGUGAAAGUUAGGGGAAAGAGAAGUGAAAUGCUUCAAUUGCCUGUUCCUGAGCUUCUGAAGAACGCAUUGGUUGUUAUGAAAUCAGGGGGCAUACUAGUGGAGAGCAGUGGUUUAGCUGAAAGUAAUUUGUGGGAACUGACAUGGCUACAUAUGAAGAAUAUAGCUCCCUCAUUGCAGUCUGAGGUUUUCCAAGAGCAUGAUGCAGAACAGUUGCAGCAAAAGCAGAUUGAAACAGUUGGAGAUUUGGAAAGUGAUGCCAAAAUUUCUGUUCCUUCAAAUGAAACACUUGGCCAAGAUGGUGCCGGUAUUGGUUAAUUCUUUCUUUAUUGCCUGCACUUCCUGAACUGCAUUUUCUUUGUUCCAAAGAACCUAGCCACAUUCACAGUCCACCCUUGAUUCUUCAGAAUUUGACAUCUUUAUUAUUAUGGCUGGAGCAGGUUGAUCAAGUUAAGUAUGAAGUGAAGUUGCCUUCAUUUUGGUAUUCCAUUUUUGCCAUAUAAUAUGUAACCCCGGAGUAUUCUUGUUACUAUACUAGUGAGAUUUUUUGUUGGAGAUAUGUUAUAUACAUAGGCAUAGCUUUGAGCAAUUAUAUUUCAUUGUUGUUGGGUGCUUCUAAUAUACACACAUCUUCUCUUCACCCCUCAUUUGUUAAUUUCAAAUUUUCCUCAAAUCUAGUAUUUAGUUUUAUCAUGUUAAAUUGUACAGAACUCAAAAUGGCUCAAAGUUGCUGCUUUGGCCACUAUAUGUAAUAAGUCUUCAACUCAGGCUCACCAAUUGUUUAAUUUUGUCUUUUUUUAUUGCA